AUGGCGACAGAGGACGCCAAAGACAAGGUCGAUGCGGGCUCGUUGGAGUUGGCACCCGUCGAAUCGGUCUCUAUGGGACAUACCAAUGAAUACACCGAGGAGCAGUACAAGAAACUGACAAGAAAGAUCGAUCGCUACCUUAUUCCUCUGAUGUUCUUCAUGUAUGGAAUCCAACAGACUGAUAAGACAUCUAUCAGCAUUCAGGCACUCUUUGGGAUGAAUAAGGAAUUGGGUCUUGUUGGCCAGGAGUUUCAAUGGCUGACUACAAUCUUCUACAUUACUUACCUUGUUGGAGAGUUUCCCUCGACUUGGCUUCUUCAGAAGUAUAAAAUCGGUCGAGUCCUCACACUCUAUAUGAUUGGAUGGUCUAUCUGCCUUCUGUGCAUCAGUGCGUGCAACAGCUGGUCUCAACUCAUGGCCCUGCGAGCUCUCCAGGGUUUCUUCGAAUGCAACAUCUCUCCCGGAUUCCUGCUCAUCACCGGAACCUGGUACCGAACCAAGGAACAUGCCAACCGCUCCCUGUUCUGGCAGUCAUCGCAGGGUUUCUUCACAAUUGUUUGCAACCUUAUGCUGUACGGAAUCGCGAGAUAUGUCACAGACAAGGGGUCAAUAUCUGCCUGGAGGACGAUCUCACUGUUCCUUGGCUCCUUGACCUUGGCUGGAGCAGUAUUCUGCUACUUUAUUCUCGGUUCGCCUCAGGAGGUUCGAUGGCUGAGUGAAGAAGAGAAGCAGAUGGCCAUUGCCCGAGUCGUCGAAAACCAGAUUGGCGAGGAAUCAACGAGCAAGAAGUGGAACUGGGAUCACUUCUGGGAAUGCUUCAGGGACCCCCAGGUCUAUUUCGUCUUCGCUAAUACGUUUUUGGCCUGCAUUCCAAAUGGCGGCAUCACAACCUUCAGUUCUCUUCUUUAUGAGACGUUCGGAUUCGACACCUGGGGAUCUAUGCUUUUCAGCUUGCCUCGCAAUGCUAUAUAUGUUGUGGUUUUCAUUGUUGUGGCCCUGUACCUGAGGAAGUUCCAGAACCAGCGCAUGUAUAUCAUGAUCGUGGCGUGCAUUUUGCCAUUUGCUGGACUUCUUGUCAUGUCUUUGUAUCCCAACACGCCUCAAUACAAGUGGCUUAAAUGGGGAAUGUUUGACAUCACGGUCGUUUUCUCGCUGGCCCUUUUCCUUGGAUGGAGUCUUGUCACAUCGAACAUUGCCGGUGGAACAAAGCGAACUGUCGUAUCUUCGCUGACACUUAUUGCGUACUGUAUCGGUAAUAUGGUUGGUGCACAGGUCUUCCGAACCGCGGAUGCCCCCAGGUACCUCAGCGGCACAAUUGCCUGUUCCGCCUGCUUUGGUCUCGAAGUGAUUGUUAUCAUCAUGUGGAGGCUUUGGUACGUAUAUGAGAACAGACGACGCGACCGCCUGGCUGCCGAAAGCGGUCUUUCUAAGGAGGAGCAGGAGAACGAGGGACGUUUGCUGGGAGAGCAGGAUGUGACUGACAGGAAGAACCCGUACUUCCGAUAUGCCAUGUGA